AGCAUGAUUAGAGUAACUUACGUACAGGUACCAUCUUUGUCAGUUUGUCGGUGAAUGUGAAUAUGCGGUGAAUUCGUCAAUCUUUGUUUGUAUUUGCAGUUUGCACUGGUUUACAGUCUUCCGUUUAAUAGAAAUUGUUUUUGGAUACAACAUAUACAACCACAAUAAGAUGGAAGUUAUCGUUGCCAAUGUUGAUCAUAUUAAAUUUGAUAUAGAUUACGCGUUAGAAGAACAGUAUGGAGCGCUACCUCUACCUUUCCCGGGAAUGGACAAGUCAACCGCGGCAGUAUGUGAAUUCUUCAGUCAACCUGGAGGUUGUGGAAAUGGUCCUCAGUGUCCUUACAGACACGUCCGAGGAGAUCGUACGGUCGUUUGCAAACAUUGGUUGAGAGGUCUCUGUAAGAAAGGCGAUCAAUGUGAAUUCCUUCACGAAUAUGACAUGUCCAAGAUGCCCGAAUGUUAUUUCUAUGCCAGAUUUAAUGCUUGUCAUAAUAAAGAAUGCCCAUUCCUUCAUAUUGACCCUGAGAGUAAAAUCAAGGAUUGCCCAUGGUAUGACAGAGGGUUCUGUCGCCAUGGACCACACUGCAGACAUAGACAUGUGCGACGUGUUUUAUGCAUGAACUAUCUGGCUGGAUUCUGUCCUGAUGGCUCCACCUGCAAAUACAUGCACCCAAGGUUUGAGCUCCCAGCUCCUCCUGAGCAAACAAAAGAUGCUAAAAGACUGCCCGUAUGUCACUACUGCUCUGAAGUUGGCCAUAAAGCUUCGUCUUGUAGUAAGAUACCAGCAGAGCAAAGAGAAGCAGCUUUAAGACAAGAAGAAGCAAGAUACCGUGCACUAGGCUACAUAAAACCAGCCAAUGAGAAUGAAGUGAAUGAAAUGAACAACCAAAGGAUGCAGAGAAUAGUUCACAAACCUCUGGAAGAAGUCACCUGCUUCAAAUGUGGCACCAAGGGGCAUUAUGCUAACAAAUGCCCUAAGGGCCACCUAGCAUUCUUGUCCAGUCAAGCCAACCAAAACCAAAAUGCAAACACAUUUAAAAAACCAAACUAGUAUAAAUUUGUGAAGCCUUCGCGGAGGCUUCAGUGAUGAACUAUUGAUAUUUUAGAAAUGUGGAAAUGUUUAAUGUACAGUGAUACAAGUGAUUCAAAUUUUAGUGAAACCAUAUGAAAAAAUUCAUUUGAGUAAUGUUUGACUUUGUUAAUGCUCAUAGUUAUAUAUGAAAUAAUUAGAAAUAACUGGUUCUAUCUCUGUUGUGUAAUAUAAUCAGCCUCUUUUUAAAGGAGGUGUCUGCCCAUCUCCACAUUCUACACUGUCUACAACAACUGAGUGAACAGAUACUGAUGGGAAAUUGAUAUAGAAUCUAUUCACGCCUCUGCUGUAUCUAUUCAUCCCAUUUUAUUAUUAUUACCAUCAUCCCUACUCCUUUGAGGUGAAAUCAGGUGUAUGUAAUGUAAGCUGUGAGGGUGUGUAAUAUUUUUAUAUACCUAGCAAUAAAAUUUAACAUACAAUGUACAUAUAAAUGAAAUCUGGAAAAGUGCUUUAAGUUAAAAAAGUUCAUUAGAUUUGACAUUGUCUUCAUUAAUUUUUUUUUAAAUAGCAUGGUAAGUGUACAUUUAUCUCGAUACAUUUUUUACUGGUCAACCUAUAAACAGUAAUUCAUGUAAGUUUAUGGGUUGUAAAAAAGAUAAUACAUAAGCACACUAAUGUAAUGUCCAAAUAGGAGUACAAUUCAGUUGCAUGAAAAACAUAUUCUUAAUAUUAUUGCAAAUAGCAUAUUCCUUAUUAAACUGUCAAACACCAAGCGGUCACCGGUGACCGCAACCUAUUGUUCUAUAAUUGUGUCUACAAAACCGGUACUCGAUGAGUUAAUAUAUUUUGUGCCAGUUCACUUUGGUUCCUAGCUCUGAGAUUUAGACCUCAUGUCCCACAUGCCCUGACUGAUUUAUGAUUUUGUGUGAAUACAAUAAAAGUGAUGUAGUUUACAGUUUCCACUGAACAUUUAUAAUAUAUAAGAAAAUAAGAAAAACUGUGUAUGUAAUAUGUCUAGUUAGAACUAGUUCACUCUACUGUUGAACAUAAUCCUUCCUCUAUAACUUCCAGAUUGGCCAGUUGCAAAAGUUAUACCUAGUUAUAAUAUUAUCAGUAUAUGAUUUAUGUCUAAUAAAUUGUAUUCCUAUCA